GCAACCUUCACGGGCAUCAACGGACAGGCAGACCCCUCACGCGGUGAGUUUCGAGGGCCAGUCUGGGUUGAAGGCAUGCAGAGCGGCGCCACCUACCAGGCGGACCUCAUUGGCGGCUCUGGCGCACGGUGUCCGGGCCUUCUGCCCAACAGUACGAUGAUUAAGCAGAAAUGCAUCCUGUUCGAGAACAUGUAUCAUAACGGAGACGGCAUCCUGGCGUUUGUUCCAGACGACCGGGUAUCCACGAUGGCGCGAGUAUUAUUCACAGAUUCAGGACAUUACAUGCUGCCCAUAGAUGUGUUCAAGACUCAAACUGAGCAGAUCGCCGACGAAAUGAUCAACCCGAUCGAGGACCGCAUCAACAAGUUGUUCAUGGCUUUCAAUCCAUUGGUACGUCACGGCAAUCAGAUCAUUAUGGAGAACCCCUCGCGAUCAGCCACCUGGAAGCAGACUGAUCUGAAGCUGAUUCCAUACAUCCUGAUGCGCGAGGUGCACGACAACGUUACCGACCAGUGUGCACAUGGAGCGUGGAGUGAGGACCUGAAGUUACCACUUCGCAAGAGGACGUUCCUCCGGAGCACCAUCCGCCUGAGAUCUACAUCACGAGCGUGCAAGUGUAUCACAAAGCAUGCGGAGCUGCAGGGCGCAGCCGAUCAAGGAAGGAAGCUGACAGCCCUGGCAGCGGUAUAUCCCGUGGGGCUGCGUCGCUCACUGGUCAAGGACAUG